AUGCGAAACGAGUCGAGGUCGGAAGACGACGUAGGAGGAGGAGGAACAAGAGACUCCGGAUGGAGAGACGCGUGAAGGAGAGACGCAUCCGCGAGGGAGAGUCGCUCUGGCGCGUCUACAUGAAGUCAUACGCAGAAUCACGGAGGAGCGAGCCGGAGCAGGAGCAGGAGGACGCUUCGGAAAGGCGGAAGACGCCGGUCGACAUCCCGAGAUUGCCUCACGCGGCAGCCGUCGACGAGAUGCUUCCUCCGCGCCAGUGUUUUCCGCUCGGCGGCCUUCGGCUCGGCCGUCGAGCGGCCGCUGGGACACCCGUCGGGCCAACUCGAGGCGAGAUGAGGUCGAUUUGGAGAAGCGUGAGGUCGAGGCAGUCGGCGAGUCUGCCUGGGCGAAGGGGCAGGCUGUCGUCGAGAAGCGGAAGCGAAGAGUGGCCCGGUGUUUGGCCAUGCACUAAGCGGGACUUGCUGGGCGAACUGCGCGAGAAGGAAAAGCGAAGGAAGCGGAGGGACGCGUUCCCUUGCGACUCGCGGCUCGACGAAGAGGAAGAGCUUCUGCUGCGCCAACAUGGGAGCGACCUCGCCAAUCGCAAGGAGCUGGGCCACGUUCGAGCGCCGGUGCCGUGUCCGGAGGCCAAGUCGGAUUUCAUGGUGGAUCGCGCGGCCGGCGAGCGCCCCGGUCUCGUGGACGGCGAUUACGUCGUGCUGGAGUUGGCUGCGGAGAAUUCGCAGGGCAAGCGUGCGCACGCCAACGUGGUGCUCCGCGGGCUCAAGGGCAUGCAUCUGCCGGAACUGAGUCCGCUGCGGGCACGCAGGGCCACUUGGAAGUUCUGCUUCUAUCAGGCGCUCGUGGCACUCUUGGCGAAAACUCAGCUCAGAUACAAGUAUGCGUGGGGCGCCAAUAUCGAUUACAUCUACGACCACGCUUGGACGCUCUUCACCCACAUCGGCGCGCUCAACGUGAGGAGGAAGCAGCGCUUCGACGACGUCGUCGUGUACAACUACAAGUACAGCGUCGAGCUCGAGCUGGUUCACGAGAUGAAGGACGCGCCGGUGGCGCGGGGCGUCGACUGGGGAUACGAAGAGAACGGCCUGAAGCGACGGGUAAUGCUGCCGAGGAAGGACCCGCUGAAGGUCAGGGUGGAACUCGGCUGCCGCAAGGUGACGGAGUCGACGGGCGUGCCGGUGCACGAGGACGCGCGAGCGGUCGAGCAGUGGUUCGAUCAGCUGGCUUGGCGUUAUCGCAACUGCAUCCUCCGCACGAGCAGGUUCUCCUUGGCCUUCUGGCAAGACGGCCUCUUCUGGUACCUGUACAACCCCUACCGAUGCGACGAGUUCGGCCUGUGGGACGACGACGGCCGCGGCUGCAUCGUCAAGUUCUGCUCCAAGGACUCCUUACGCCGGCACCUGGUGCUCCUCUCGCUGAGAGCCUUCGCAUACGAGGUGCCGCGGUCGGUCCGAGCCGACGAGCACGUCUUCGACCUGCAGAUCUUCCACGUGACCUUCCUCUGCUGCCAGCUGCACAACUUGAAGCUGCUGCAGCGCGGUGCUGCACCGAAAGCACCGCGACAACCUCGCGUCGGCGAGGUCCGAUCAAGCUUCUUCGAGACGAGCGACGGCGAUGAGGCCGAGCGGGAAUCGGAGAUGGACGUUGACGAGGAUCCCCGAGCUGCGCGAGAGAGAGUCGCGUGGCUGAAGCGCUUCCGCGCUACCUGGAGCAAGUGUCCGGCCGGGAGCGGCCAGAAGCGACGAGCGGCCAAGGUCGUGGCGGGCGACUCCGGCAAGAAGAGGUGGCAUCACUACCACGUGGAGGAAGCCAACAGGCUGUUCUCGCUGUGGGGCUCCGUGCACGUGAGCGACGGCAUGUUCGACGAAGCGAACCGCGGCAUGCAGACGUACGCGUGUUACGUGGUGUGCGCCGGCAUGACGAGGCUGAUGGCGCCCGAGUACUGGAGUCCGAAGGUCCUCGACGUGGUGGUGAUGUGCGGCGACCGCUACUACACGCGCAGCAGGCUCGAGGCCGAGCGCAAGGUCGGCAGCAGCGAGUACGCUCGUGUGGACUGCUGGAGCAAGUACCUGAGCGAGCGCUUCGACAUCGCCGGCACCAUCUUCGAGGCCCGGAUGUUGCCGGCGCUGGACGGCAGGCUGUACGCCAAGUCGGACAAGUGCCUGUGGCGCUCGCUGGAGCGUAUGUUCGCCGAGCACCCGUUCGCCGUGCUGACGUGCGAGAGCGUCUGCCUCGGCCUCUUCAAGUUCUGCGGCGCGUACUACAUGUGCGACGUCGGCUCCUUCGGCCCGCCGCUCUUCACUUACGGCCACGGCGUGCCGUACCUCAUGAGAGCCACGUCCUUCCGCAAGUUCGCGACGGUGCUGGUGGCGAGCAUCGGCUCGCCCGACCGCAGCCGCUUCACUCUGAACCCCGUGGAGAUCCUCAAGGUCGUCGAGGUGGGCGCCGAGUUUGCUCGUCGUACGACGAGGAGGCCCGUUCAUAAGCGAGUGGUCGGCAAGGCGAAGAGGAGGGCGUAG